AUGCCCACCAGCGCCCUUGACUCCCUCCUGUUCAAAAACCUCUUCGGCACCGCGGCCAUCCGCGCCAUCUUCGACGACAAAACCUACAUCCAGCGCUGCAUCGAUGUCGAAACAGCCCUCGCGCGAGCACAGUCCAAACUAGGCGUCAUCCCCGCAGAAAUCGGAGCCCGAAUCACCGCCGCCUGCACAAAUGCUACGCUAGACUACGAUCGCUUAUCCAACGAAACGGAAAUCGUAGGCUACCCCAUCCUCCCUCUCGUGCGGCAAUUAGUAGCCGCCUGCGGCGAGGGCGAAGCAGGCAGCUAUGUGCACUGGGGCGCAACGACGCAGGACAUCCAGGACACGGCGGCGGUGCUGCAGAUGAAAGACGGCCUACUCCUGGUCGAGGAGUACCUGCGGAAACUCGUUGGCACGCUGAGCCGGUUGGCGCAGAAGUACCGCGACACGCCGAUGGCGGGGCGCACGCAUUUGCAACAUGCGUUGCCCGUCACGUUUGGGUACAAGUGUGCUGUUUACCUGUCUGGGUUUCAGCGGCAUUUGGAGAGACUACAGCAGUUGCGGCCGCGGUGCUUGUUGGUGCAGUUUGGCGGGGCGGCGGGGACGUUGGCUUCGUUGGGUUCCGGGAGGGAGGCGGAGACGGGAGUGAAGGUUCGGCGGGCGCUGGCGGAGGAGUUGGGGCUGCAUGAUCCUGUUGUUACGUGGCAUACGGCGCGAGACGGCGUGGCGGAGAUUGUCAAUUUUCUGGCGCUUGUGGGUGGGAGUUUGGGGAAGCUGGCGCUGGAUUUGAUUGUCAUGUCUUCCAACGAGCUCGGGGAGGUCAGUGAGCCUUUCGUCCCGCAUCGUGGCGCGAGCUCGACGAUGCCGCAGAAGCGAAACCCGAUCUCAUCAGAGGUCAUGCUUGCCGCGUCGAAGUUGCUGCGUGCCAACGCUUCGCUAUGUCUGGAUGCGAUGGUGACGGACUUUGAACGCGCGACCGGGCCGUGGCAUUUGGAGUGGGUGGCAGUGCCGGAAGCAUUCAUCGUUGCCGUGGGCGUGUUACAUCAGGCGGACUUUGCCAUGUCUGGAUUGGUCGUCAACGUGGAUCAGAUGGGACGGAAUCUCAAUUCAACAAGGGGGUUGAUCGUCGCAGAGGCGGUGAUGAUGGAACUCGCGAAACACACAGGACGGCAGAAAGCACACGACAUUGUGUACGAGGCGUGCAAGGAGACUAUCGAGGCGGGCGAGAGUACUUCGCUAUUCGACGUGCUUUCCGGAAAGCAACAAGUGACGGCGUCAAUAGCGACCGACAAGCUUCGAGGCUUGUGUGAUCCCGCCAACUAUCUUGGAGCUGCGAGCGUGAUGGUCGAUGAUGUGCUUGCAGUUCGAUAUUGA